CAGGUAUGUGUCUUGGAAUGAUACCAUUCCUCAUGCUGGAUGACGUCUUCUCCUCUGUGACCCUUGACGUGUGUGAGACGGUCUUCCAGUUUGUGGAGGAUGGAGUCUCAACAUGGAAAAAGGAACCUUAUUACACAGGGGGAAAGAACUAUUUGCUCAGAAUGUGUAAUGAUCUGCUGCGCCGACUGUCUAGGUCACAGAAUACAGUGUUCUGUGGUCGCAUCCAACUCUUCCUGGCACGACUUUUUCCACUGGAAGAAAAAUCAGGCCUGAACCUGCAAAGCCACUUUAACCUGGAGAACGUGACCUCGUAUAACCUGAAGGGAGAUGACAGCACCAUGAGGUCAGAGGACAGGGACCGGGAUGAGAGUAUGGAGAUGGAGGAGGGAGAGAUGUCUGAUUCUCACAGCAGGUCAGACAACACACAUCCUCCGGGCUUUACACCUAUUGACUACAACCUGUACAGAAAGUUCUGGUCCAUCCAGGACUUCUUUCGUAACCCUAACCAGUGUUACAAGAAGGACCUAUGGAAGAGCUUUGCCAGCAACUCAGAUGAAGUUCUGAAGUGUUUUGAGAGUCACAAGCUGGACGAUGUUCAGGCUUCCAAGAAGAAAAAGGAAAUGCUUGCAGGGGAUCGUGGCAAUGUGUACUUUGCUAAGUACCUGACCAGUGAAAAGCUUCUCGAUCUCCAGCUUGCUGACAGUAACUUCAGGAGAUAUGUGCUGGUACAGUUUCUCAUCCUGUUCCAGUACCUCAAUGCACAGGUCAAGUUCAAAGCACCCAAUCUGGUAGUAUCUGAUGAGCAGGCACUCUGGAUAAAGAAUGCUACAGACAUGAUUUACAAGCUGCUGCGAGAGACGCCUCCUGAGGGAGACCAGUUUGCUAAGAUGGUGCAGCACACCCUGGAGCGGGAGGAGAACUGGAUCACCUGGAAGAACAAAGGAUGUCCUACUUAUGACAGGGAGAGGCCAAAGACAGAGACCCCACUAAAGAAGUCCCGUAAGAGAGCGAUGGGUGAGGACAUCAAAGAAGCCGAGGACAGUAAGAGGGUGAACAUGGGCAGUUCAGAGUUAACCAGGCUGUGGAACCUGUGUCCUGAUAACAUGGAGGCAUGCAGUAAUGCUGAAAGAGAGUUCCUUCCUACCCUGGAGGAGUUUUUUGAGGAGGCCAUUGAGCAGUCUGAUCCUGAGGCUAUGGUGGAGGAUGAGUACAAAGUUGUCAACAAUCCAAACUUUGGUUUUAGAGCACUAAGACUCCUGGCAUGUCGCAGUCCCCACUUCUUCCAGCCCACCAACAACCAGUUCAAGACCCUUCCCUCAUACCUGGAGAACAUCCUCAGCAAGCUGGCUAAAGAACUACCGUCCCCGUCAGAAGAGCUGAAGACAGACACAGACAUGGCUGAGAAUGAAGAGCUGUUGGAUGAGAAGAAACCAGACAGUCCUCAAGGCCCCCCACCUUUAACACAGGAGCACAUUGAUAUUUUAGCAGAGAAGCUCGGUGCUGACUGGAAAAAGUUGGCCCCACAUUUAGACUUCAAGGGAGCUGAGAUCACAGCCAUAGAAGGAGACAGUAAUGAGAUGAACACGCAGGCGACCCAGCUACUGGUGACGUGGCAGGACAGGGAGGGGCCGCGCGCCACGGUCGACAUCGUCAUGUCAGCUCUGGAGAACGCCGGCAUGCAGGACAUAUCUGAUGUAGUGUUUGGGGAGGGGGAAGAGGCUGCAUCAUCGCCUGUAUAGGCCUAAAAUAGCUUCACAACUUUGUCAGAUUUCAGUCAUCUCUUUGUUGUGUUAAUGAACACUUUGGGUUUCUACUACAUACGUCUUGCUAUUGUCUUCUGGCAAACUUGAUACAUGUACAAGGAAAUAUGUACAUGUAUCUUCAGAAUUUUGCCAUCUGAUUCUUGUAUUUUUGCUGUAACAUCUUGUUUGAUACUUGCAUACAUGACAGUCUAGAAGUACAAGGUAGCUUACCCUUGUUACAAGGGCCUCAAAUUUCCCUCUGAUAAUAACAAUAUGGAAAAGACAUUAGAAUGGAUGGGUCACACUAUGUUAGUUGUUAUUGUUUGAAUAAAACUGCAAGAUGCUGUUGAUUCAUCCAGUAAGAUUUUCUUUGAUUCCUUCUCAGGCAUCUCAGUUCAAUUUGCUAUACAAACAUGAGCAGUUUUGGUUUUGUCUACCAUACAACAUGCAACAUUUUUAUAUACAAUCAUCUAGUACUGAGUAAAGCCUACUGUGGUCCUGUGCUGUUGUGAGUAGCUGUAUAGUUGAUGACGUAUCAUUGUUUCAGCCCUCCUCGUCAAGUUGAAAUAAAAUGUGUACUUGGAUUUUUU